AAAUUGGCCAAAAUUUAGCACUCAAGAACGCAUGCGCAGUGGUAACAGCGGCAGGCGGACCAGAGAAAAGAAAACAAGACAAUGAGCGGCCACCACCGGCGCUCAGAGGCUGAACUGUGAACGCAGAGAGCGCCACAUGGAGGCGGUGCUGAAAAACUUGACGAGCACGGCGGAGCUUCUGGCCGUGGCGGCGCAGAGCGGUGUGGUGGAGCAGUGGGAUAAACAAACUCUGUCCAGAGCUUUUCACUGGGCACGGUACUGCGAACACCUCUUUUCCAGGUUUCACAAUAACCCUGUCAUAAGGAAGACUAUGGAGAAGCAGCUGCAGCUCACAAAUCAAAGUUUGCGAGCUGUUUUCCCUGAAUACACAGAAGUCUCUUUCUCGGACAUCUCCCGGUGUCAGCACUUGUUGCUUGUUGGGCUGUUGAAAAAUCCUGAGCUGCCCAUCUCCAUCAUGAAGAUACUCUUUGACACUACCAAGCAGAGUGAGUAUCAGGAUGUUUCUGGCUUCUGCAGCCACAUUAUUCAAUGCAAAUCUGCUUGUAAAGUCCUAAGUCCUCUCACAGACUUGUCAGCUAUUGGUGCUGAUGCUGAGGUGCAGGGGGUGAUGCUGAUGGAGAGGUUGGGUGCUCUGCUGAGCCAAGGCACUGAAGCCUGCCAGACAGAGCAUAUUGUAGACUCUGUCCUCCAGGGAUGUGAAGGAGCAGCAGGACAUUUCUGUCUGAUCAUCGCGGCGGCUCUGCUGACAACGAAAAACUCUGCUGCACAAACUGCUUCACAGGAUUUUCUUUUGGACUGGCUGCAGAAAGAGCACAAUGUUCUGCAGCACAUGUGUUCUGCAUUGCCUACUACACUUAUUAAAGACCUGGCCAAAGAACACCUGAAAUUUAGAGAUGCAUACUGCGAUGUGCUGAAAAAGUGGGCCUCUGAUAUGGAAUACAGCAUAAGUGAGGGUGAAUGGGCUCAAACUAGCACAAACCAAACUGUGUCCUUCCAGAGACUGACUGAGCACUUUCUGGCCAUGUUUGAGGCCUGUCCCUCUCUGAGGGAGGAUGUAGAAAAAGAGCUAAAUGCUUUGAAAGUUUCUGAUGGGGACUUUGAUGUCAGAGGUCUGAGUGUGUGGGGAGACCUCCUGUCAGCAUUAAACAAGUGACUGUCAGUCAUGUGCUUUCUUUGGAGAUGGAAGAAAUGCUGAAAUGUAGCCGAUUGUAAUGCAAUAUAUAAACAAAUGUAGUCUGUUUUAUAUCUAUAUGCAAUGCUUUACCGGGGGUAGGUAUUAAACCUCAAAACUUUUUCAUACCAAACAAAAUUUGACGAUAUCACAAAUUAUUGGAAGCUGUCAAUGACUAAAAGCUGGCAUCAGAUGCUCGCUCAGAUUCACAUUUACUUCUAAUCAGACAGUUUCAGUUCAGUUUCCAAUUUUGUUUAUAUUUUGAUUAGGCAAAAUUGUUGUGUGAAAUGAAAAGUACUGUCGGUACCAAAACUCAGGAAUCAUAAGUAUUUGUAUCGCAAAAACUGUCUUUUCAGUGCAAAGUACACAUAAAAAGCACACAACUCUUAAAUAUUAGCCAGUCGUUCAGAGAGUUUUUUUUCUUUUGUUAUUUAAAUUAUUGACUCUUUAUGUUGCAUUUGUUUCAACUUGUGAAAUAUAAUGAGAAUCAAAAGCAGAACAUACUGGAUACAUUUACAGGAUGGAAAUAUGAUUAAAAAAUGUGUGUCAAUAUUCUAAAAUGCUCACUUUAGUGGAUCUGGAAGCCUUAAAAUACAUUGCACUACCCUGUCUCUUUCACAGUAUAGCUUAAAUAUUUUUUGUAUUCCAUGUACUUUGUAAUAAUGGAAUUAAUAGAUAAAAAAAAUCUCAAUACAA